CCAUACGUCAACUUCUACUUUGUCAAUUUUUUAAUGGAAUCCAAUGACAAGUUGUCACGUCAGUUCAUUAUCGCAAAAUAAAAUUAACAUAAGUUUAGUAAAUAAUGUGAAAACUAACUUGAAGCAUAGUUUAAAAUGGAUUUGCUUUGGGAACUACUACUAUUGAUUUUUGUCUGUCAUGAAAGUAAACAAAAUGAUAUCAAAGGUUUUGAUGACACUGUAUUGUUUAAUAUAGACUGGCCAGGAGAACUUCUUCCUGAAGAUGCUGAUCUGCCCGGUGAAUCCAUGAUAGUGACAUCCUUGCAUCAGGAAAAAUAUAGGUGCAUUUUACCUACCAUUUCGGAAAAGGAGUCAAAUCAAGAUAUAAAGUACGAGGGUCCAUCUGCUCUGAAACUUAUAUCACCUUUAUUUACUCAAACUACUUGCUCCUUUCGUUUAGAAUCUUAUUGGACUUAUGAAGUAUGUCACGGCAGAUAUAUCCGACAAUAUCAUGAAGAUCGGGAAGGCAAGAAAAUAAAAGUGCAAGAGUACAUUUUAGGGAAAUGGGACGAAAAAUAUUUAGAUAAUAUGCUUGAGACUUCGAAAGAAGAAGAAACAGAUGAGAAUAUUCAGGUCCCUGUGAAGAAAAUUGACAAUGUCAAUCUGCCUUAUUUCGAAGUUACGAUGGACAACGGAACAUCUUGUGAUUUAAACAACAACAAACCUCGUAUGACUAAAGUUCUUUACGUAUGUUAUGUUCAUGGGAAGCAUGAAGUAUACUCUUUGAAAGAAACGUCCACGUGCACAUAUGAAAUUAUCAUUUUGUCACCUCUGUUAUGCGCUCACCCCAAAUAUAAACCAAAAGAAACUGGCGAGCAUAAAAUAAGCUGCAUCCCUCUCGAAGACAGCCCUAAGAAACCAUACAGUUUGGUCAAAUUGAAACAGGAAAGCGCUAAGCUACGUAGAAACUCUGACCUGGACCGAUUCAGAGUAGAGCUGAUACAGAUAGAGAAAGAAGAACCUGUCACCAAAGCACCAGAAAUUAAAAUCGUAGAUCCGUCUCCUGUCGAAAGCUUCUUACAAGGUAAGAACUGCUUAAACGGCGGCACGGGUUGGUGGAAAUUCGAGUUUUGUUAUGGAAGAUACGUUGAACAAUAUCAUGUCGAAAAAGAUGGACGAAGGGUCUCCAUUAAUUUAGGCCUUUUCAAUAAGAAAACACAUUUGGACUGGAUCGAAAAGCACCCUCAUAAACGCCCUAAACCAUUAGCCCAACGAAAACAACUUUCGCACUUUUACUCAAGCGGUACAGUGUGUGAUAAAACGGGCAAACCCCGACAAACCGAAGUUAAAUUGAAGUGUCUAGAAAAUCCGUCUAGUCCUAACGCUGUUUCCUUAUAUUUAUUAGAGCCCAAAUACUGCGAGUACAUCUUAGGUGUAGAAUCGCCCCUCAUUUGUGAUAUAUUAUCAAGAGCUGAUGAAGAUGGGCUCGUCCCCAUAGUUGACGACGAAAUAGCGGACAAUGAGAACAUUCCUACGAUAAAUAUCAAACUGUAGUGUCGCCUGCCGAACUUUUUGUUGUUUAUUGUGAUAAGUUAUUUAAAAUAAAACUUUAUUAAUAAUUGA